AUGAGCGGAGCUACGCCGGACCUCGCAAUCUAUGAUCCCGUCUCUAACUUCACCCACGGAUUCCUUCAUCAGAUUCGUGGUAUGCUGCCACCAAAGAAAAACAUGUGGGAGGAAACGCCUCAGUCACGCGGGACGGAAAUUGUUCUCCGUUUGAUUCUUUCGUCACUGUCGUGCUAUUCUGAUGUUGGAGACGGGCAGCAGCAAGGAACUCUCGACGUCAUCCUGGAACGCAUGGAGCGAAUGUUCUCUGAUGUGCAACAGGCCACUGCCACUCCUGCAGCGACCACAGAAUUCGUCACAAACUCGCUCUCAGCACGACUUCCGGAGCUGCACUUCGACUCAGACUCAUAA